AUGGCUCUCGGGGAUCAAAUCCCCACUGAAUCCCCUCCGAACCUCCUUCUCCCCGAGUCGGUCCGCCAAAGAAUCUACCGGUUUCUCGAGUACACUCGAGAUAUUGGGUCUGAUGAAAGUUUUGCCCUGGUGAUGAACUCCUCGAAAGGUGAUCCUUUGGAUACAAUUAGCAAGUGGUCAUCUACACACCGACGGUUUAACCAGAACGGUGCCAACUCCACGCCCGAAGGCCAGCCCCCAUUCUCAAAUCAGCUUUUUUACGUAUCACGGCAGGUAUCCCAGGACGCCCGACAUUUCUUUUACUCACUGAAUAGAUUCCGAGUGUACGGCAUGGGGGCUGGAGGGUUGUCAGUUCUCACUGCAAUUACGACCGUUACCCUGCAGUCACUUCGGAACCUUCAGGUGGAGAUGUCUCCCCUUAUCACCACGCUUCAACCAUCGCUCUUUGCGCCCGUUGCCGAUUAUGAUGAAAGCCCACAGGUUAUCGAUAACUGGAAGGCAACCUGUCGCCGACUCGCGCAUGCGCCAAGCCAGCUCAACCUGUCCAUCCAUUCAAGCACGGCAACCGUGAGGUCUGCCAAAGCGAUACUUGAACCUCUACUGGAUGUACAACUGAAGAACUGCCUUAUCCGCCUCGGUGCUCGCUCAAACAACAAGCUCCAGCUUUAUGUUGAAUAUGUCGUCCUCAAGGCUACUGAACGCUCUCGCAACAACGAACAGAGUCGAGCUUUCCACAGAUUCGGUGACCUUCCAACGGAGCUGAAGAUCAUGGUGCUUGAGCACACGGACCUUCUUCCUGAUACGGGAACCAUUGCUCAAGACCUUUGGUGGGACUCAGUGCGCAAGUCGUUCUUCCCGUUUCCUUGCGCAAGACGUCGUUGUGAUGGGCCCACUAUGUUCAACAUGGCUUGUAAGGCUACAGAGGUCUCAUACUCGUCAUCCAAACGUUAUUGGAGCCUUCCAAAGGCUCUUUUUCAGACGUCUAAAAGCAUGAGAGAUCUGGCCAAGUAUGUCUUUUAUGGAUAUGGAGCCCAUCACUUUGCAAUCCCGAUUCCGUCUACGGUAUUGUUUGGCUCCGCGAGAUUUGAAAGGAAAAACUUCCUGAACCCGUUCCCCCCGGAUUGUAUUCAGUACCUGCAUUCCAUCCAACUCAACUUCCCUCAACACGUUGGGGAUGACGAAUUCCAGCCCCAUUCAGUACAAGCGUUGAGCCUGGCGGACACAGUGAAUUCCCUGCGAGAACACGCCAAUAUUUCCAAUAUUCGUCUAUCCCUGCAUUUCUUCCUUCUGGAAGAUGUCACAGUGACCUUUGAAUCACUUCACGAAUAUGCCAACUUCAAACGCAUAGUUGAAAUCAUUGGUCCUCAGAUGAGAGAGCUCAAAGACUUUUUCAUCCACAUCGUUUCGCCUGGCCUUGAUGCUGAUCAAAGAAAGGCAAUGGAGCAGGCCCUUGAAAGGAUUGUUAAGGGUGAACAAUACGACAGCGAGACUUGUGGGAAACAGUAUCGCGGGUUUUAUUCGACAUUGAGAUAA